UUACAUGCGUACACACUUCUCUUAUAUUGUUUAUAUUCCUAGGAUUGAUCUAAGAAACAGGAUUUGUUUAAAAAUGUUUGUUCAUGUUAGAUACAUAGUUCUGGUACUCCUCGUCAAACAAUCACUUGGUUAUGUCUUGAUACAAAGGGCAGACAAUUCUUUAUUAAAUGUUGAGACAAGUUCUGAUCGAAGUGAUAAUACAAAUAUCACGCUAUUUGAUCUAUGCCUAGAUGAAAAUGGAGAAAGGCUAUUAGGACCGGUUGAAUUUAAAGAUGACUGCAGGAAAUUUGUUAUGUGCGCUACUGAUACCGCAGCAAUAAUGGACUGCAGUGAAGACUUGUUAUUCAACAGAGAUUUAAAGAACUGUGAUUUUCCAAGAAAUUCACAUUGUAUUGAGUUUGUAUCCAAAAACAAUUCAAGACUCGUCAUUCCAGCAGAUGAAAUCGAAUGGUAAUCAUAAGGAUGUUAUCUGGGACUAUUAUAUUAAUUUGGACAAUGAUUUAAUUUAAUCAAAUAUAGUAUUAUUACAUUGUAUAGUAUAUUGCAAGUUGAAUAAAUACUCGAAACAAAUAAAAACUACAAUUAAAAACUAUUUAUUCCUGCGUAUAGAUUA